CCCACCCCCACCCCACCCCACCCCCGCCCCUGCCCCCGCACCCCACGUCAAAACCAAGGCGGCGGCAGCGGGGCGGGAGAGCGGGGAGCACCGACCGACACCGGCCGACAGGGCGGGCUGCAUGCGGAGCUGAGGCGAGGCGGGGAGAGAUCCGGCGCGGGUGCCACCGCCGGCCGGCCGCGGGAGAUCUGGUUGGUGGCGCCGCCCGGAUAAGGGAGCGGCCGCGGAGGCGGCGAGGGGAGAGCAGCCGAAGCGAGAGGAGAUCUCUCUCGUCCCUCUUCUCGCUCCAUGGAGACCGGGGGUAGCAAGCGGGAAGGGGACUGCCCCGGGCAGGAAAGGAAGAAGAAAGUGCGCAGGAGAAGCACCGGUCCUGAUUCGGUUGCUGAAACCAUCAAGAAGUGGAAGGAGGAAAACCAGAAGCUCCAGCAAGAGAAUGGAUCCCGGAAAGCACCGGCCAAGGGUUCCAAGAAAGGGUGCAUGGCAGGGAAAGGAGGUCCAGAGAAUUCAAACUGCGCUUACCGCGGUGUGAGGCAGAGGACGUGGGGGAAAUGGGUUGCUGAGAUCCGUGAGCCCAACCGUGGCAAUCGGCUGUGGCUUGGUUCAUUCCCUACUGCAGUCGAAGCUGCACGUGCAUAUGAUGAUGCGGCAAGGGCAAUGUAUGGCGCCAAAGCACGUGUCAACUUCUCAGAGCAGUCCCCGGAUGCCAACUCUGGUUGCACGCUGGCACCUCCAUUGCUGACGUCUAAUGGGGCAACCGCUGCAUCACAUCCUUCUGAUGGGAAGGAUGAAUCGGAGUCUCCUCCUUCUCUUAUCUCAAAUGGGCCGACAGCUGCGCUGCGUCGGUCUGAUGCUAAGGAUGAGUCUGAGUCUGCAGGGACCGUGGCACGUAAGGUGAAGAAAGAAGUGAGCAAUGAUUUGAGAAGUACCCAUGAGGAGCACAAGACCCUGGAAGUAUCCCAACCAAAAGGGAAGGCUUUACAUAAAGAAGCGAACGUAAGUUAUGAUUACUUCAACGUCGAGGAAGUUCUUGACAUGAUAAUUGUGGAGUUGAGUGCUGAUGUAAAAAUGGAAGCACAUGAAGAGUACCAAGAUGGUGAUGAUGGGUUUAGUCUUUUCUCAUAUUAGGGUUUUAGCUAUGAGGGUUGUAGUCAUGCGGAGCAAUAGGGAUAACUUUCAUUCUAGCUGCUAGGAAAUACUUCAAAUUAUCUGCAACCCGAAGCUCUGUAGUCACUUAUGGUUUUCAUCUUACUGGAGAGAAUAGCUUUAUACCAUAAGUCAACGGGUACAAGAAGUUGUCCUGUGCGUUGAGUUCAUGUACUAUGGUAAAAGUUGAGUCCAUAUUUAAUGAGCUUACUCUGUUGAUA